CUCUCACCUGCAUACUCGUUUACGGACUAUCGUUCACAAGGUCAAACCAUCAAUAAUGCCCUUAUAGACAUCGCAACACCACCUACCGCGGGGCUUACACCAUUCAAUGUAUACGUUGCAUUAUCGCGAGCUCGCGGCAAUGACGGAGUCAGGUUGCUGCGAGAUUUU